AGCAAAUACUGGAAGAGAUGAAGACCUGCAACUCGAUCUGGUGCCGGUGCCCCAGACAAAAAUGUUGAAUACGAAUACAAUAAUUGUUUUUUCCGCGCGCACAAUCAAACGCGGCCACAAGGCACCUUCUAGCUGUGACGCGUACAGUAUUUGUUGAAGAUAAUUAUAUAUAAUAGAGAAUUGCUUUUGUUGUUUGACUCACGUUGUAAAAUUACUACAUGGGACAUGACGCCGGUAAUGUAUAAAUGUGAUUCUUGAUCUCAUUGUGAGGGGGUAUCUAUCAACGAUUUUAUUUGUGGGUCUUUUCUUAGGCUUUUGGAAGGGGUGCUGAACCUGACGAAGGGCUGCCAAUCAAUGUACAUGCUUGACAAGGUGCCGUGUUGGCCAUAUCGUGGCUGGCAAACGUUCAGUUUCAUGAGAUGUUGCGGGCUCUUACAACUUAUCUAUUAUCUAGUACUUCUGAAUACUUCGUUUUCUAAGAAUCGAGAUGUUGAUCUCUGCUAGUUGAUGUUCCGCCGUGUUUUGACCGACCCCGAAUAGACGUAUCGAUCGCCGCCCGUUCCCCGCCCUAACCAGGAUUAAUAUUUCUCAUCAAUCCCCGAAACUGUAUUCUACGUAUUGGAAGUGAAAUGAUGGCGGUCCAAACUCGCUAAUUGAUGGUGUUGUGUUUUCUUUCACAACUGCCCCCACGGUUGAUGGGGGGAAGGAUAAUACAACCAUUUCUCUGACCUACUCGCAAUAAAUAUCACUCCGUGAGUACUUUCUUUGGUUCUAAUAAAGAACCAUCUUGCAGCUCUGAUUCAUUCGGUCUUCGUUUCUAGUAUCACUAUUUCCACGUCCAUGUGGGUGGCUUCGUUGUCGUCAUGCGAACACAUUACGAAGCAUGAUAUUUAUCUUCAUUUUCGUGGUCAUUGUACUUAAUUGCCAAGGCGGAGGAUGUACUUUUAUACUUUGUCCUCCCGCUCUUGUCUUGCAAGAAGCUGCUUAAGGUGAGGGGAUCGUGGUGAACACAUUUACACUCAGAAAGAAAUACGUACAUAUUUAGUGUCAGGCUUGCUUGUUUAUUUUCUUGUAACUUGUAUUUCGAACGGGGACCACAAAUGACUUUACAGAAUAAACAAGCUUCCUAGAUAACGAGCCUCUCACUUCUCUCCGACAAGAAUAGAAAUGUCACUCUGUCCGAUGGAAACACCCAAAAUGGAAACGCGACAACCACACCUUGAUGUACUUUGUGCGACGAACUACGGAUACAGGAUAGAAGCUAUCACCUCCCACGCAACGGCGACAUUUUUUUCCAAUACACAUUCAGCGGUCUAUGAAGACCACCUUUUUGCACAAAGGCCGUGCUGUUGCGAGCCUUGUUCGGAUUCCGCCUAUCACAAAAUCAAGCAAUAGUGGAGAUCCUGAUGGGGUUUGAAACUAGACAAAAAUAUGUCCUGGCGAACCGCUAAGUGAGUGCCGUACCCUCGUCGGACGACUGACCUCGCGCUCGCGGGCAUACUCCACGAGGCACGGCGUAUUGUGACACGGUCACGCCCGCAAGCCCCGGGCUACCGCGCUUCGCCCCCUGAAUGAAUGAAAAGAAUUGGAUCGUGCAGAUGCCUGCCAGGACUAGUCUACGGGCGAAGAGCUUUCUCCGUUUUGCUGCAUGGGUCUGCGAUCUUCAUUUUUUUAUACGUUCGGCAACGUAGGUUAGCGCUUGAGUUCAGUCGCAAUGAAUUUGAAGUCGUUGCUAGAAGAAAUAGAUGAGUUGAGUCAGAGGACGAUCAUCAAUAUAAUAUAAAUACAUAGCCUCCGGCAGCCGUCUGAGAGCGAGAGAGACUUGCAGGUAUGAUUUGUCUACAGUUGCAUCUCCAACUCAUUUUUAGGGCUCGAAAAGUUUCGGAAUUGUUAGGCUGAAGAAGUUAGAAGAUACGCGAGUUCUCCUUGUCCGCUUGGCUUGUCCUUUCUCUGCGAUCUGCUUCAAGACCUAAGAUCUAAAUCUAAAUGUGAGCCGACUUUAAAACAGGGAUAGAAGAGCGAAGGCGGAAUCGCGAUAAGGUGGAAGGAGCCGGGCGACUUAGUCUUUGUAGUGCAACAUAUGUGUCCGUUUGAUCAUCCAGCGGAAUGAGA